UGUCGACGGGGUGAGGUUUAGAGGUGGCAUGAGAUACUCAGCGACUCUCUGAGCGGGUAGAUAGAUCCGUGCGACCUGGUGCUAAAUCAAUCACGUCCAAGUGCUGGAAGUGGGUCGAAGCAGCCUUGACGGUGUCGUGAAGCUGUCCGAAGACCAUGAGUGUCUACCUCCUGGUGAAUUGAGCAUGAGUGUCUACCUCAUGGUGAAUUGAGAGCUCUGAGCGGGAAUAUAUAACAAUAUGAAGUUGCUGACCUUUGAAUACCUCAUCCCACAACCACACUACAACACAACUCCGUUUCCACAGGCACCACCAAGGCAUAAUGGCGGAAAGCGCGCCCAAAACGACUCCCCCCAGUUCUCGUGUCCCUUGUGACAAGGCUAUCAGCAGCAUCAACGGACCGACAAUCGCCCUUAUCAUCAGCAGCGAUGACACAACAACUUUCCAUGCUCACGAGGGGCUCAUCUGCGCCAGUUCACUGUCCUUAAGAAACGCAAUGAAGCCAGAACGGGCCGAGAUGCGAGACGACCCUCGUUCAGUUGACAUGCCGGAGGACGACGCGGACACUUUUCGGACUUAUAUGCAGUGGCUCUACUUCAAGCAUCUGCCUGUUGGCAAUGAUGAAGGGCAUGCAGAAGGAUACGUUCAGCUCGAAAGCAUCGGAGAAGACAAGCACAGACAGUACCCUACCAAAGCAGCUGUCAACAUCAUCUACAACGGUACGCUUGAGGGAUCACCUGCGAGGCGUCUCCUUGUGGACUUCUGGACAUGGGUUUCCCAGGAGAGUUGGACCAAAAACGCUACCUUCGACAUGUAUACGGCUGUAUUCCUGUUUGAUGUGAUGAGAUCGCUGUCUAUCAAGCGUAAACACCCUCAGGGUGAGAAACCAUGGCUCAAGUCACCUGAAUCAUAUGGCAAAGACGGAGCUAAGGAGGAAGCUAACGAUACAGAGUAG